AAGAGUCAGAGUGUGUUAGAGAAGAACCUGUAUUUGGUGUUAUGGAAUCAGUGACUUCUUCUAGUCGCAGAUCCUCAUCAUCAUAUCGUUACAGCACAUCCAGUAGUUUUCGGUCUGAAAGUUCAAGGGCUGGAUCAUGUGACUCCUUGGAUGCCCUCUUGGAGCCUUUUCUCGACUCCCAAGAUUCUUCCAGCUUUUUUUGUGAAGAGGGCCACGGGGGCCCCACUUGCCACCAGGCCCCAUUUGGCGAGAACAGAAGAUCCUCUUACGGGCACAAUGCUCCAGUAGGUGGCCCAAUGCCAGUUUGUCAGACCAAUGCUGGAGGCGUACAACAAGUAGAAGACAGCUACAAUGUAUCUGCUGAUGUCAGCCAGUUUGAGCCGCAUGACGUUGUGGUGAUGGCAUACAACCACCAUGUAGUCAUUCACGCUGAGAAGGUCAAGGAUGAUGGGAGUGUCAGUGACACAUUCACCCAUAAAUCCCUGUUUCCGAAGGACAUGAACCCCCUUUCAGUCUGUGCGACCUUUAACCAUGAUGGUAUCAUGGUUGUUAGUGUCCGACGGGCUAACUCUACAGAUUGUCAAGAUCAUCUGCCUGUCCCAACUUACCGCAGUGAAGCUUUCCUUUAACCAUAAAACCCAAAACUACACCUAGAUUUUGAGUACCGUAUUUUUCGGACGAUAAGUCGCAGUUUUUUUCAUAGUUUGGCUGGGGGUGGUACCUAUACUCAGGAGCGACUCAUGUGUGAAAUUAUUAACACAUUAUGAUAUAAUUUCACAUGUUAUUUUGGAGUGACACUGAUGGUUUGGUAAACUUGUUAGCAUGUUCUUUAAGCUAUAGUUAUCUGAAUAAUUCUUAAUAGCUAUGGCCAUGUUCGCGUUCUGUCUUUGGCAAUGUGUGUUCAAUUGUAUUAUUGACUUUUUUUAUAUUGAAAUGCAUUCUUUUAGAUUGUGGCGCUUUCACGCCCAAGUGGGGGCGCAUUUGCACAUGUUUACGUGAAGAAGAGCGCUCACACGCCAGAAGAAGGUGGACAGCUACGCAGUGUCUGAGCGAGUGGGCGAGAGAGAGAGAGAGAGAGA